AUGCCUUCCCACCAUUUUCCCGCGCAUUCCGCUACCCAUCCGCAUCUUCCCCGACCCGUCCGCUACACAGAACCAAGCGGAACCCAGCGGAACCCAGCAGAACAAUUGCGUACCACACGCAUUAUAUUCCUUCAGCCUUCGGGACAUCCUCCUACGUCUUGUCCAUGUCCUUCCAUCCUCGCUGAGUCUAUUUUCCUCACCCACACCGUGGCACCUGCUAAGGUGUUGAAGAAGCGAAAAUUUGCUGCACCCACCACAGAUGCAGGAAACGACAGCGAAGACAUUUCCAGAGGCCUGUGCAUAUUGAAGGGAAAGAACAAAGCCAAGACCGGUCGUAAAUCUCGCAGUAAACUUGCAGUCUUUGAAUCUGGUGACAAGGACCAACCUCAGCCUUCCUUGACUGUUAGAGCAUAUCUUCACCUCGAAACAAUUUCUCAUCAACUGGCUUGUGGCAAAAAACCAUUAGCUCCAAUUAUGAAGUCUUCACAGUGCAAUCCUUUCAUUUUCUCAAUUGACACCUCCUUUGAUGCUUUCAUUUGGUCUGUCGCUAGUGCUGCAAAGACCACUGCAACAAAUCUCACACUCCCCCGUUUACGUUGGAAAUUCGAAACACCUGCUAGCUUGCCAAUGAAAAUGCUGACAGAUGAGAUCAGCUUCCAAGCCAUGCUUGAUGCAGUCCAAGAAUGUACAAAAGGUCACACUAUUUUUCUUUUCCUUCCAAAGCCAAUCAAUUUAGAGAUGCCACCUGAGGUGUCCAGCUGCAACAACCAUACAUAUGAAUACAAGGAAGAUCCCGGCAUGUCAACAGAACGUGACACAAUGCUCUCUCACAAGAGCCAGAUUGAUGCAUUACAACAAGAUAGUGCCAGGGAAGUUGCUGAACUGCAGCAUCAUUACCCCAUCGGAAAUCACCCCCUUUUCCCCGACAAGCACAUAUAUGCAAAGGGAGGUUUAUUUUGGGACCUGAACCCUGUCCGUCUCAAUGUUUGGGCUGCUGCAAUGACUACUCAAAGGGCUCCGGCUUCAGCUCAUGUGCUGCACCCCUUACCCGAGUACAUGCCCUUAAUUUCUGGUGGGCAGAGGGGAAGUCCGAUGGAAGUCUGGGGGAGUUCUGGAGGACAAAAGUCGGUGGAGUUCGGCGGAACUCCAGAAGACUAUGUGGGAACGGAGUAA